AUGAUUUUAGAAUCGUAUCAGCAUGUGGAACUCUUCAAAACAGGACUCCAUGAAGAGAGUCUACUCUCCAUGACUAUAAAGAAAGCUCUGGCAGCAGGAGAGUACACAGAAUUCCUGCACCUUCUAGAGAAACGUCAAUGGGUCCCCACGCGAUUGGUACUCAGGUCACCUGGUCCACAACUCAAUUGUGACUCUACAAAGUCGAUCACCAAACCAAGGUUCAGGUGUUUGGAGGUUUACUGGAUGAAACUACAGUCCGUCCAUGCGUGUGGCGAGGACAUUAAGAUCUCGGAAAACCUCAAAUACCUUGGCAGUGUAGUGCGUAACGACGGUUGGUCGAGCCAGGAAGUUACAUGGACACUGAACACCCACCUCAAGAGGCGAAUUGAUGUUUUUGGUACAAGAUGCCUUCGCAUGAUCAUGGGGUACUGCUGGUAUGACUUUGUGUCAAACCAGCGAUUCCUCCUUGAGACUGAUUCGAGGCCGAUUACCAGCAUAGAUCGUCAACGCCCACUGCGACUAUAUGGGCAUGUGGCACGCUACCCAGAAGCCGAUCCAGCAUAUCGUGUUGUCUCCGAAAGGGAUAACCCAGCAUGGAGGAGGCCAAAGGGACGACCAAAGAACUCAUGGCUGCGAUAG